UUCAGCCCUACCUACUUCUAUGCAUUACGAAAGGAAUUACUUUCCCGCCUUCCCUAUGUUCUCUCCGAAAUCCACGUCCCAUCUCCCAUUUCGCGCGAAAUUCUCCUCUCAACCAUAACCACUACCACCACCCUCUCCCCCUCCACCCUCCCUCCAUUCUCUCUCUUUCUCUCUCACUCUGCAACGAUUUUUCUCCUGUUUCUUCACCUCCGAAUUAUCACCCUUCCUGCAAAUUGUUUUCUCUCUCUUUCUUCUUGACGCGGAAUCUGAAUUCCGCCCCGGACUCCGCCAUGGAAGAUGAAUAGAUUCAUCCCCAAUCCAAAUUCCAAGUUACGCCACUUCCGGCGUCUCCGUGAACACCUCACCUAUCCGUCGCCCUCCUCAAACAACACAGCAGACGCUCACCCGCUCCACAUCUUAUGGCACUACCAGAUCCUCGAUCCGGACAGCGAUAUUGUCACCUAUUGGAACUACGUCUUCCUUAUUACCUCCAUCAUUGCUCUCUUCAUCGAUCCUUUGUUCUUCUUCCUCCCUUACGUCGAUGCCGACGGCGUCUGCUUGAGCAACGACCAUCACCUCGCCAUAUUGAUCACCUAUUUUAGGUCCAUUGCUGACUUGUUCUUUGUCCUGCACAUGGUCAUGAAGUUCCGUACAGCUUUUGUUGCUCCGAAUUCUAGGGUUUUCGGACGAGGCGAGCUAGUCAUGGACGCUAGGGAAAUUGCUAUGCGUUAUCUCAAGUCCGACUUCCUUAUCGAUCUAGCCGCUGCGCUUCCGCUUCCUCAGAUUGUCAUUUGGAUAGUAAUUCCAGCCACAAGAAAUAACAAUGCUGAUCAUGCCAACAAUGCACUCUCACUUAUGGUUCUUAUUCAAUAUGUUCCCAGAAUUUUUGUUAUCUUUCCUUUGCAUCAACGCAUUGUAAAAACUACUGGCUUUGUUGCCAAGACUGCUUGGGCAGGUGCUGGAUACAAUCUCCUUCUUUACAUGCUUGCUAGUCAUACAUUAGGAGCUUCAUGGUACCUGUUGUCCCUGGGGCGGCAAUUCUACUGCUGGAAGUCAGAGUGUUUGAAGGAGAAUAAGUCAGGAACUAUAGGUUGCAUUGAGCCUUUUCUAGAUUGUAGCAGUUCUGGAACAUUAGAACGUCAAUAUUGGCGGAAUGUCACUCAUGUUAAUGCCAAUUGUGAUCCAAAUGACAGCAAUAUCUUAUUUCAGUUUGGAAUAUUUUCUGGGGCUUUUAGAAAUGAUGUUGCUUCCUCGCCCUUUAUCAAGAAGUACUUAUAUUGUCUGUGGUGGGGCUUAAGAAAUUUAAGCUCAUAUGCACAAACCUUGGAGACAAGUACAUUUCUUGGUGAGAAUGUUUUCUGCAUUGUUACAUGUAUUCUUGGUUUAAUUCUCUCAGCACAGUUGAUUGGCAACAUGCAGACUAAUUUGCAAUCUAUGACGGUGAGAGUUGAAGAGUGGAGGAUUAAGCGAAGAGACACGGAGGAGUGGAUGAGGCAUCGCCAAUUACCUCCAGAUUUGCAGGAACGUGUUCGUCGGUUUGUUCAGUAUAAAUGGCUUGCUACAAGAGGAGUUCAUGAGGAAUCUAUAUUGCGUUCAUUGCCAUUGGACCUUCGACGAGAAAUUCAGCAACAUUUAUGCCUGGCCCUUGUUCGUCGUGUCCCAUUCUUCUCACAAAUGGAUGAGCAGCUACUUGAUGCCAUAUGUGAACGCCUCGCCUCUUCUUUGAGUACUGAGGGCACCUAUAUAUUUCGAGAGGGUGAACCAGUAAACGAGAUGCUGUUUAUAAUUAGAGGACAAUUGGAGAGCUCAACGACUAAUGGAGGAAGAUCUGGAUUCUUCAACUCCAUCACCCUUAGACCUGGUGACUUUUGUGGUGAGGAAUUAUUGACAUGGGCUUUGAUGCCCAAUUCUAGUGUAAACCUGCCUUCUUCAACUCGAACCGUCAGAGCUCUGUCUGAAGUCGAAGCUUUUGCGCUUCAAGCUGAAGACCUUAAAUUUGUUGCACAGCAGUUCAAGAGACUUCAAAGCAAGAAGCUACAGCAUGCCUUUAGGUACUAUUCUCACCAAUGGAGGACAUGGGCUGCUUGCUUGAUACAAUCUGUUUGGAGAAGAUACCAGAAAAGAAAGAUGUCAAAGGAGCUGGCGACACGAGAGAGCCUUGCUUACAUUUCAGUCCCAGGGGAGUAUUACUAUAGCAAUGAGCUAGCAUAUGGAGAUUAUGAGAAUGAAAGUGGUGAGAGUUUAUCAAUUGACAGUGCAAGCAAUGUUCAGCAUCUUGGAGCUACAAUCCUGGCUUCCAAAUUUGCUGCAAAUACUAGAAGAGGGGCUCAUCAGAAAGUUCAGGUUGAUUCUGCUUCUUCUAGCUUAAAGAUGCCACAGUUGUUUAAACCUGAUGAGCCUGAUUUCUCUGUAGAUCGAGAAGAUGUUUAGCGAGUACAACAAGGAAUGGGAAAUUGAAAAGAUGAACUAAUGAGAAAAUAGGUAGGAAACUUUGUAUACUAUUUCUGUAAAUUUAUAAGUCUGGACAAGACUAGCAUUGAUAGUCACAUUCUCAACUGAAUAAAGUAUAAAUUACUUUCGAAGUAUGA